UCUCUCCGCCUCAUAUUUACAGUCUCUGGUCUCUCCAUGUAACGAGGUGAUGUCGUCGUUAAAUCCCUUAAUCUCAGUGAGAUGACGUCUUCAGCCCCAGAAAACUUUGAUCCUGGAGUUUAAAAUGAAGUUCAGAAGAAAUCCUCGGUUCACGGCUUCAUUGCUGAUUUUUAUGAUGAAUAUAUUCGUAAGUCGAACCUUCACCUGCCAUCGGACAGAAUAUGUGUUUGGAGACGAGUGCUGUCCCAUGUGUCCCAUCGGGACUCGAGUUAAAACAGACUGUGAGGAGGACAAAAGUACGUCCUGUCAGCCGUGCAGAGAGGGGACUUUCAUGAAUAAAAUGAACGGACUAAAAAAAUGUUUGUCCUGCAGAGAAUGUGGAGCAGGUUCUGGUCUGAAGAUGAAGACGUCGUGUAUGAUACGAUCAGACACAGUUUGUGAACCUCUGGAAGGAUUUUACUGCUCAGAGUUUACAGGGUACGACUGUUUUGAAGCAAAGAAACACAGACGCUGUGAACCAGGAGAAUACAUCAGUCAGAGAGGAACUUCCUCCACAGACACGGUGUGCUCGACCUGCUCUGAUGGAACAUUUUCAAACGGGACGUUUACAUCUUGUCAGAAUCACACACAAUGUGACUCAGAGGGUCUAAAGCUGCUGAGAGCAGGAACUAAGACAGAGGACGCUCAGUGUGGAGAAAUACCAUCAGACUGGACUGGACUGAUAGUCGGUGGUGUUUUGGGGCUUUUAGUUCUCGUGUUUGUAUUAACAGCGUGGUGUUACAGAGACAAGAUACAACGUUGUCUAAAAAUAAGUAAGAAUUUAUAAUGUGACAAUAAAAACAUGAUCAUGUUUCAUUAUAGAUACCAUCAAUGAUUUGUUUCAUGUUGUCUUACAGAAAAAAGUUCAGCAGAAGCUCAUCAGACGGUAUGUUUUACAUCUCUUUACUCUCAAUCAGCUUCACAGUUAGAUCAUUAAAUGUUGCUCACUUUCAAUUUUUACUUUUAAAGAAACCAGUGAAUCCAGAAGACAACACAACGGAACGGUUGAUGUUUAGAGAAAAAGAAGAUCAGGGUGUUUCAGAACAGCCCUAAACAUGCAGACAUUUCACUGAGCCCUGCAGAAUAAAUGUUCUCCAGGAUCCAGGUAUUAUUAUCCUGCUGGAUUCUGGGACAUUAUCUCUUCAGAGUUCAGAAAAAACCUCAGUCCAAGCUAACAAAGUGAGGACGAGUUAGAACCAAAUCUAAAGUCAACUGUACAGAAAACGAGGAAGACUGGCAGACAUUGAGUUUUAUUAAUGCUUUUUAUAAAAACUGUUUGUUUUUCUGUAUCUGUUUUAAAAUUUUUAUCUCCUUUUCUGCUCGAUAAGAACGAACACCUCACCGAGUGUUUCAGCUCAGUUCAUGUCCUGAGUUUAAAAAAACUGAACUUUGUUCAUAAAGUAUGAAAAUACAAAUAAAGUCUGAAAUCAAAAAAACUUGAUGCUUUGGAUUCAUUAUGUUGAACUUUGACCUCUGCAGGUCAUGAAUUCAUGUAACCAGUACAGGUAAUCCAGUCACCAGUUAGCUUUGUUCAAAAAGUAUAAAACUACAACCAGCUGAACAAUUAAUUAAACAUACGGCAAACUUGUGUUUCAGAUGUCAGAAACUGUUCCUGUAAAUAUUUUCACUUUGAGUUCUUCUAAUGUCGUUUAGUAAAGACAGCUGAAAAACGUUAAAGGUCAAUUAUUCAAGAGUUCAAAGGGUUAAGUCUGGAAACUCAAAGAUAAUUUAAAUAUCUUGUAUGUAACUAUGGACAUUCAUGUUUUGUACAGCUUCAAUAAAAGCGAUGAAAUCUUC